AUCCAGCUAUACCAUAUAGAAUAGGAAUGAAAAAAAAUUUCUUUUUAGCUGGAGAAGCUGACAAAACUAGAAAAUAUACAGCUGAAACUAUGUUGGUAGAAGAAAGUCAAGUUAAUAAAAACAAGGUUCCAAAACUCCAAACUAUUCAUGGGUGGAUAACCACCUAUGCU